GUCUUGCAAAAUUCAGAACUCACGCUGGUAGAGCUCUCGCAGCACUGAAUGGUACCAGUGUCACACUGGCUGCUCUGAGCAACAGCAAAGAGGGCAAACGGAAGGAGAGCGAGAAUGCUGGCGAUCAUUUUAGGUGAUAAAAGCUGAUUGAGAAUGGUCUACUGAGCUCGGUGGGUGGAGAUGAUAGGAUGCUUGAGAGGAUACUGGUUCGUCUUUUUUGCCUUGCUUUUAUGCAUUCUCUGUUGAUCAGGCUGUACGGUUACGAAACAUUCAAAGGUGAAAAUUUUCAAUCCAGGCUUCGGAUUCUGAUCAACAGAUCUGUAGUCCCAUGUCACUUGGUAUUACUCAGUGAGUCAGCAGUACGUUGUCCAUCUUCGGCGAUAGCAUUCAAUCCUCGUAGGAGGCUAAUUACGCUGCUCUGCCGUACAUCCUGCCAGAUGAUGGGCCAGAACGGCCUGCGAUCGCACGCAGAGUCUACAAGUAGCCUAUUGGACGCUCGCUCUCGUCACACUCAAAAUUAAAAUGAUUCUUCGGAUCGGCAUUUGUAGUCACAAGUACUGGUGCCCGAAACAAAUUCCUGAUAUUAUUGGGAACUGGACAACACCGUCAUCUCCGGAAGUUGCGAUUGCAACGGAGGGAGCAGAUCAC